AUGCCCCCACCAACUUCCUCCUCCUCAACCCCUCAACCUCACCACCGCUCCCGCCGCAUCGAAGACGCUCUGAGCGCGCUUGUUGAUUCCUUCAUACCAGCCACAACCUUCUCCCCCACCACCCGUGGCAAUGAGGAUGAUGAAGACCUCUCCGAAACCUCUGGGGAGGAGUAUGCGCGUCUUGAAGCCGCUGAGGCUGACGAGAGGCGGCAUAAACGCUGCAUGGAUAUGGUCUGGCGGAUUCUGGAUUCGCAGGCUGCUGGUACUGGUGCUGGCAAUGGCAAUCCUAAUUCUAAUUCCAAUGCCGUGGGGAUAGAGAUGGGCGGUGCUAUUUCAGCAGAUGUUAUUAACAACGCGCCAGAUCUGAUUAAGCGCAAGUUAUUGAGGGAAAAUGCGUCGCCGGAUAAAGCUGUACGGUUCUCUAAUCUGUAUUCGAGGUUGCUGACGCAACCGGUUCUUGGACAGAAGUGGGCUAUUUUGUAUCUGCUUUAUCGGAUUGGGGAGAAUGGAGGCGCUGCUACUGCUCCUGAUGCUGCAAAUGCUACGGCGAGGAGUGGGUUGGAUGGUAAUAGUGGUUCAGGUGGAAGGGUUAGCCGGCGCACGGUAGUCAUGACAACUGUGGAGAGUGGGGUUGGGAAAAGGGAUGGGGCGAGGAGUCCGUUGAUGGAGGAUCAUCAGUUGGAGAAUAUGUUGUUUAAGGAUCGGUUUGGGCGGAGGUCCGUUGUUGAUGAUAUUGCGCCUGGAUCGUCGGUUUCUGCUGUUGGCUGGGAUACUCCUGCUGCGGCUGCUCGGGAUGGCCCAACGGACUUCUCCAAAAAUGGGAAGAAUAGAGAUGCCUAUAGUCCCAGGUCUGCAGAUAGGAAACGGGCUGUUGAGAGAAACGAGAGGGGGAAGGAGAAAGACGGGAGACCUAGUACGGGUCGUGGACAGCUACCCAGCAUUCCUGACGGGGAACCAAAGUCUCAGGCUCAAAGUCAAGUGGAACAACAGCCAAAAAAGGCAGGAGUUGAAUAUUGCGGCGUGAAAUCAACGGAGUCAGUUUUGUUGCGGGAUUUACCAUUUACUUUGCAAGGGAUAUCCUCUACUCAUAUGAAAUUUACAUCACCUACUACAUUGAAGCUCCCACAGACGCUACCGGUACCGCUUGUGUCCAUUUUACAUACCUUGGCGGAGCCGUGUUUACUCUAUCGGGGUCUAUCUAGCUUUGUUGAGGAAUCUGAAGGCGGUCUUGUGAAGCAGAGUGUCCGAGCCGCCAUAGGGAAUGAGCUUCGAUCGUAUCUGGGCUUAGUUGCGACUCUUGAAGGCGAGAUUAGGACCGCAUUGUCGACCGGUUCAGACGGCUCCGCAGAAUCAACAGGACCGUUCAAGGCCGGCGUUACGUUGAAAAGAUGUGUUGUGUGGAUGAGAGACGCUACAAUGGCGUUACGAUUAAUGAGUUUGAUGGUCGAAGAAUCAAAAGGGAAAAAGGGUGGACAGUUGAUCACGAUGAUCCAUGAAUUUUCUUCUUCUCACGGUGAUCCCUUUGUUGGGGCCUUUGCUGAGCGUAUUUUGGAUCAUGUAACUCGACCCUUUUACGGCAUGUUGAGGCAGUGGAUAUACGACGGUGAACUUUCAGAUCCAUAUCGCGAAUUCUUUGUUGUGGAACCGGAAGCUCGACCGAGCGCUGAUCCACGGCGCACUGCAACGAGUGUUUGGGAUGAUAAGUACAAACUCGAGGACGAUCUAGUGCCAACGAUCAUGACACAGGAGUUUGCGAAGAAGGUUUUCCUAAUCGGCAAAUCUCUGAAUUUCAUCCGAUAUGGCUGUGGGGACGCUACCUGGGUUGCAGCUUAUUCGAGAGAUGCAUCGAAGGAGUUACGAUACGGCGAUACGGCCACUCUGGAGACAUCGAUUGACGAAGCGUAUAAAACUACCAUGGCGCGUCUUAUUUACCUCAUGGAUUCAAAGUUCAAACUCUUCGAUCAUCUCAGAGCACUCAAAAAAUAUCUCCUGCUGGGCCAAGGGGAUUUUAUUGCCCUUCUUAUGGAAUCUCUAGCUUCGAACCUCGACCGCCCAGCAAACUCUCAAUACCGCCAUACUCUGACAGCACAACUGGAGCAUGCCAUACGCUCAUCGAAUGCACAGUAUGACUCCCCCGACGUCCUACGUCGCCUUGACGCUCGUAUGUUAGAGCUGAGUCAUGGCGAGAUCGGCUGGGAUUGCUUCACCCUCGAGUACAAAAUCGAUGCCCCAGUGGAUGUUGUCAUCACGCCAUGGGGUUCAACACAGUAUCUAAAAGUCUUCAACUUCCUCUGGCGCGUAAAACGGGUAGAAUUUGCUCUUGGUAGCAUAUGGAGGCGCUGUCUGACAGGCGCCAGGGGCGUCUUAGGUAGUGUUGAAGACAAAGUUGGCCAAGACUGGAAACGCGCCCGCUGCGUGAUUUCCGAAAUGAACCAUUUCAUAUGCCAACUACAGUACUACAUACUCUUCGAAGUUAUCGAAGCAAGCUGGGAUCAGCUACAGGUCGCCAUCUCAAAACCAGGCUGCACGCUCGACGAUCUUGUCGAAGCACACACCAGAUACCUCAACUCUAUCACCCACAAGGGCCUUCUGGGCUCCUCUUCCUCCAACAACAGCAACAAAGAGGACUCCUUCCUCUCCCAACUCCACCAGAUCCUCAAAAUCAUGCUUGCCUACAAAGACGCAGUAGAUGGCCUCUACUCGUUCUCCGUCGCAGAAUUCACCCGCCGCCAAGAAUUCACCGCUAAGAUCGAAACCCGCACCGCCCAGGGUCAAUGGGGCGUGACAGAAAAGGAUCUCCUACAGCAAUCCCAAUCUCUCUUCCAUUCGUCCACCGCCCCCAUUACCCGUCCCAGCCGCUCGAGCAGCUCUGCCGCCACUCGCAAGCACGCAGGCUCAACCUCCCAGUCUCCCUCAACCGAUACCCCUCAAUUCUUUGGUGCUGGUGCUGACGGCCACGCAAAAACACCAUCAGAACCCAUAACCCCAACAGCAGCGUCGGCUCUUCUUUCCGGCGGCGAGGACCAUCUCCUCUCCUCACUGCGCACGCGGCUGCGCGGCCUCUCUGCGGAUUUCCGCGCGCGUCUCGUCACGCUUCUGGGCGAUUUGGCCUAUCAGCCUGAUGUGGACAUGCGGUUUUUGGGCGUGGUAAUGAAUUUUAACGAUGCGUAUCAGGUUGUUAGGAGGAGGAGAGGUGGGACAGGGGCUGGGAAGGAUAGAGAGAGGGAAAGGAGGAAGAUGGGUGGGGAGGGGGGGAGUAAGGAGAAGGAAAAGGAGGUGGAAAAGGGUGGUGGUGGUUGA